AUGGCAAAAAACUCUCAUAAUGCUUUGUCUCUUCUCCUCCUUCCCCUUCUCUUCCUCGCUCUUGUUGGAACCUCUCAUGCUGGUGGCAUAGCCAUCUACUGGGGCCAAAACGGAAACGAGGGAACCCUAUCUGAAGCAUGUGCCACUGGGUUAUACACUCAUGUAAACAUAGCUUUUCUCAACAAGUUUGGCAAUGGCCAAACCCCUGAAAUGAACCUUGCUGGUCACUGCAACCCUGCAACCAAUUCUUGCCAAAAGUUUAGUGCAGACAUCAAGGAUUGCCAAAGCAAAGGAAUCAAAGUGUUGCUUUCUAUUGGUGGUGGAAUUGGAAGCUACUCUUUAUCUUCCCCUGAGGAUGCUAGAAACGUUUCAAGAUUCUUGUGGAACACUUUCUUGGGUGGCAAGUCAUCUUCAAGGCCAUUAGGGGAUGCUGUGUUAGAUGGCAUAGAUUUUGACAUUGAACUUGGUUCCACAGCAAACUGGGAGCACCUUGCACGCUUUCUCAAGUCAUAUAGCCGUAAAGGAAGAAGGGUGUACCUAGGUGCUGCCCCUCAAUGUCCUUUUCCUGAUGAAUUCUUGGGCACUGCCCUUAACACAGGGCUAUUUGACUUUGUUUGGGUUCAGUUCUAUAAUAAUCCUCCGUGUGCGUAUGCUAAUGGUAACAUAACUAACCUUGUGAAUUCAUGGAACCGGUGGACAACUUCAGUGCCUGCAAGCCAGAUAUUUUUGGGCUUGCCGGCAGCUCCGGCGGCGGCUGGCAGCGGUUACAUCCCUGCUGAUGUGUUGACGUCUCAAAUCUUGCCGGUGAUCAAGAAGUCACCGAAGUAUGGAGGGGUGAUGCUGUGGUCAAGGUUCUUUGAUGGCCAGAAUGGGUAUAGCACUUCCAUCAUUAGCAGCGUGUGA